GCUGUCAUCACGGGUGAUUCUGAUGUCCUUAAAAAAUUCAUUCUCACUGCUGAAUCUCUAUCUCUUCUCUCCUCUCAUCAACUCACCUCACAGGACUGUCAACUGCUGGAACAGUGGUCUAGUGGCGAGAGUAAUUUCCUCAAGCCAGGUCUUUCUCUCCUUGAUCUUGCAAGAGCCUACAAUCGAACGGAGUGGGUUAGUAGUCUCUCAGCCUUCUGUCCGACAAACCCUCAGACAAGACCAAGUGCCAAACGUUCGGUCUGCCAGUCAAGCGGUUGUGCGGCUAAGGAGUUACGGAGACUCUUAGACUCAUGUGUGCGUCAACGAAAAGGGACGUUCCACUGCUCCUAUCUCACCGAAUUCAGCACCUUUUAUCUCCCCAGGGAGGUUAGAGAUUUCCCUUGCUCAGUGCAGGAAGUGAUUAUAAAAGAGCUCUGUGAUACAGAAGUGCAAAAUGAACUGGAGGUUCGAAGUCAGGCAAUAAACUGGUGGGUUGUUGAAGGACAACAAAAUCAACCUACCAGCCGACUUCUAGCUUUAUGGAAUCGAACCGAUGGGGAUUGCUUACUGGAUAGCUUAAUGCAGGCUUGUUGGGGAGUAUUCGACCAGCAAAGUACUCUGCGUCAUGCGCUGGCAGGAAGCAUAAGGGCUUGUGAAGGGCAAUUUUAUCGCGUUUGGCGUGAGCACGAGGUCCAUCAGGCAGCCAGCCAAUACCAGCCAGAUGAAGAGCAACUCCUUCGAGAUUGGCAAUCUGCUUUGACCGCCGCCAGUCUAACCCGUUCGCCUCUGGAGCAAAUCCACAUUUUUGUCCUUGCACACGUCCUUCGUAGACCAAUCAUCGUAUACAGUGUCAAAUACAUACACAACUACCGUGACGAGCCAAUUGGACUAGCGAACUUCGAAGGUCAGUAG